AUGGGAGGUCAAGAAUCUGAGAAAUUUCAUUGGCCUUGGCAAGUCGCGGUGUUAAAUGGAUUUCAGGAGGUAAUUUGCGGCGGUACCCUCGUGGCUCCUGGUUGGGUGCUCACAGCUGCACAUUGUUCUAGACAAAAACUAUUCGUUAUAUUAAAGGAAUACGAUUUAUCUGUUUAUGAAGGCGAUGAGAUCAGAGUGAGGGUUGAACGUAUUAUAAUACACCCCAGAUACAAUCCAAAUACAAUUGAUAAUGAUAUGGCUCUGUUAAAACUACGUGCCUUGGAUUUAGAAAUAGAUGGUGGAUUAAACUUGCAACCAGCUUGUCUUCCGCCCUCUGAUUUUCAACGGCGGAAACGGAAGCCUAAAAUGUGCGUAGUUAUUGGAUGGGGAAAAGUGCAAUCUCAAGAUUCUUAUGGAUCUCGAAUACUUCGAGAAGCUAGGGUUCCGAUCGUUGGUCAGCGGACGUGCCGAUCUGCGUACUGGCGUUAUCAGAUCACUGACAAUAUGUUCUGCGCUGGGUACAGAGACGGUCGGUCGGACACUUGUUCGGGCGACUCGGGCGGGCCUCUAUUGUGCAAAAUGCGUGGCCGAUGGACGGUGGUGGGUGUUACAAGUUUUGGGUAUGGCUGUGGCCGGCGCAGCAAGUACGGGAUCUACGCCAAUGUGGCCAACCACGUGCUGUGGAUCACGUCCGUGAUAAAGAAGUCUGCAGGCUAUCAGUGA